ACGUCAUGUUGCCAUAUAUGUCCAUACGUUGCGAUAGGCCAGAUUUAGGAAGAAGUGUUGAAAUUACAGCAAAUAUAUUUUGGUAUAUUGAAUGCAUAAUAAUAAUGGUAUCAGACAUGUAAACCAUAUAUUAUAUAUCUUUUUUCUCUAGGUUUUUAUAAAAUAUUUUUGUGAUGAGCAUAACUUUAUUGGUCAGUGGGGAUCGCCAUUACGUUUUGCUAUUUGCUCCAGAUAUUGCACAUCCACAAGGAUAUAAGUUUCUAAUUUUUCAGUAAGUAAUGUGAUCCUCUCAUUUAUGGCCUGGUACUUCUGAUCCGAGGGACGCUUCCUGCCAGCUGCAUGGUGCUCGCGAUUCAGGGUUGAUUAGUGCUGCUCCUUUUAGCAUUUUGCAGCUGAGGAUGGUCCGGCAGCAUCCUGGCAAACCCAUUGUGCCACCCUUCCAACGCAUUAUUUGUUCGGGGCAGAUCAUCUUUCACUCGUUGAUAAGUGUUCCAAGUCUGUUAGGGAAAUUUCCCAAGGAUUUCCAUGUGCCCAUGAAUCUGCUGGCCAAUGUAGGUUUGUUGGGAAUAUUUUGCGAACUCCAAAAGCCCAUCAACCUUGGAAAUUUCGUUGAGAAAGAGCAGCGUCAUCUCGAGAGGAUUAUUCUGGAUGCGUCUCCAGACAGACUGGCCCAGGUGGAAAUGGCAUCCAGCAACCUCUCGGAAAAUUCCUCUGGAAGGCUUUCAUUGAUGCCUUCUCAAAAUCUGCUAUUACUGCCCCUGGAUUGUAUGAUAAACCACGGGGAAUAUGCUGUAACACCUCGGACUACAUUUUAUUAUAUAUAUCUUCAGUAUUUCCUGGGAACAAUACAUAGACGCACGGAUGUUAUACCACCAAAGUAUGCAUGGAGUGUGCACUGCUGCUUGUAGUCGACAGGAGUCACCAAACCAGUGACGAGACUCGGCAAGAAAUUUCAAAUCAGAAUCUGCUGCGAAGAUCAUCUCCAUAACGAAGGAAGGCCUCUUCGCUUUAUGUUGUCCGAAAUGGCUGAAGAUCAGACACGCCUGCCUGUUGCCGCACUCGCCUCAACAUUCUCUUGACGGCGUUUACCGUUGGUAUUAAAUGAGCCCAGCCGACUUCAACUCUAGCGUAAAAUGUGUUUACAAGAUGUGCGGUGGGCUCUGGUGUUGCGGCAGCACGUUCCUUCAUGGCUGCCAGUAUCCCUCCACCUCAGCCUUCCCAUGGGCAGCAGGAUGUCUGUGGAUGGGGCUUUGCCACUUUACUAUUUCCCCAUUAACGGUGUGAACCCUGGCACCACAGGUUCUGUCUUCGCAUCUCCACACCACCUUGUCGUGUUAGCCCCUUUCCGUCGUGAAGAGAUGCUGGCCAACUCUCAGUUUCACAGUCGCCCGGUAUGACGGUAUAAUGCGGGGACGUUGACUAGAGAAGGUGGAGGAGGGUAAUCGUCACUCAUCGCUUCGUAAAUGAAACAUCGUGCUCGGGGUAGGGUGGUAAUGAAAGCUCCGUUGAGUUUUCCAUGCUGAAUGAUAUCUCACUCCUUGAAUAUUCCAUAAUAUAGCAAGAUCACAAGACAUGAGAGACACGGCUGAAAGGAACGCGGAAACAAAAGGUCAUCUGUUCGCAGAGUGGAAGCAGAAGCGGAAGUUACAGCAAUUAGGGCAGGUAAGGUCAGCGGACGACCAGGUUAUAUGAGGACACCGGACUGCCUGUAUGUACUCACCUCGCGCAACACAGUCACCGCGACACGGUGUCCGCCCGACCUUGCUUCCGGGUCAUAGUGUCCGCACGACAUAGAGACCGUGCACCAUAUAAAUACAUACAUAUAUAUAUAUAUA